CCUGCAAAGAAGCGAGCAUGGCGUCGAGGAUCGCGAUUUGCAGGGGAAUUCUCUCAAGAAACUCGGGUUUUGGAAUUCGAUCCAUGUCCUCGUGGUGGGGACAUGUUCAGCCGGCCCCGAAAGAUCCAAUUCUCUGCGUCACUGAAGCUUUUUUGGCUGAUCCAAGUCCUGAUAAAGUCAAUGUUGGAGUUGGAGCUUAUCGUGACAAUAAUGGGAAACCUGUUGUUCUCCAAUGCGUUAGAGAAGCAGAGAGGAGGAUUUCUGGAAAUCAGAACAUGGAGUAUCUUCCAAUGGGAGGAAGUGUGAAAAUGGUGGAGGAAACACUGAAGCUAGCCUAUGGAGAGAAUUCUGAUUUACUCAAAGAGAAAAGGAUUGCUGCAGUACAAGCUCUUUCUGGAACUGGAGCUUGCCGACUCUUUGCAGACUUUCAAAAACGUUUUAGGCCUGAUUCCCAAAUUUACAUACCUAUGCCAACAUGGGCAAACCAUCACAACAUCUGGAGAGAUGCUCAAGUCCCUCAGAGAACUUUCCACUACUACCAUCCAGAAACAAGGGGUUUAGACUUUGCAACACUUAUGGAUGAUAUAAAGAAUGCUCCAAAUGGCUCGUUCUUUUUGCUUCAUGCAUGUGCUCAUAAUCCUACUGGAGUGGAUCCUACAGAGGAGCAAUGGAGUCAAAUCUCAUAUCAGUUUAAGGUAAAAGGUCAUUUCCCCUUCUUUGACAUGGCAUAUCAAGGUUUUGCAAGUGGUGAUCCUGAGAGGGAUGCAAAGGCCAUCAGGAUUUUCCUUGGGGAUGGCCAUUCAAUUGGAUGUGCUCAGUCAUAUACCAAAAAUAUGGGUCUCUAUGGGCAGAGAGUUGGGUGCCUGAGUGUGGUCUGUGAAGAUGAAAAGCAAUCAGUGGCUGUUAAAAGCCAGUUGCAACAAAUUGCAAGACCCAUGUACAGCAAUCCGCCCGUUCAUGGGGCUCUCAUAGUUUCAACCAUAUUAAGUGAUCCAGACCUAAAGAACUUGUGGCUGAAGGAAGUAAAGGCCAUGGCAGAUCGCAUCAUUGGAAUGCGAACUGCACUGAGGGAAAACCUUGAGAAGCUGGGCUCACCUCUAUCUUGGGAGCACAUAACUAAGCAGAUUGGCAUGUUUUGCUACAGUGGCCUUACGCCUGAACAGGUGGAUCGCUUGACAAAUGACUUUCACAUUUACAUGACUCGUAAUGGUCGCAUCAGUAUGGCAGGUGUUACUACAAGCAAUGUAGGAUACUUGGCAACUGCCAUCCAUGAGGUUACCAAAUCAGGCUCGAAGUAAAAUCAAUGUGUUAACUUUAAUUGAGGUGCUUUUAUCUAG